GUAUAUGUCCCUUUUUUUUGCUGAAUCACAAUGUAUAUGUCCUCCCCCUUCCAUUUCCCCACCCCCUGCAACUUGCUCUGAGUCAUGAAAGCUGUGAUUGACUCCUCUUCUUUGGUUGAGGAAGAAGGGAAGGAUGACAAGGAAGAGAACAGAGAUAAAGAAGAUAGACAACCUGAGCGCGAGGCAAGUGACCUUCACUAAGAGGAGAAGAGGGCUCAUCAAGAAAGCUCAUCAACUCUCUACCCUCUGCGAUGCCGAGAUCGCCCUCAUCAUCUUCUCUUUCACCGGCAAGCUCUUUGAGUUCUCCAGCUCUAGUACUGAACAGGUAAUCGAGAGGCAUAUCAAUCUGCCCUCAGAGAAAAGUCUAGUGUAGAUGAUAUCCCAUGUGCCUUAAGGAAGGAUCUCACCGAUAG